ACCAAAGGCAGAAUACUGGAAAUAUAAUCUGACCUCUGUGUUUCCGGAUGAACGUCUAUGCUCUGACUAAUUUCCAAACUCAUCCUGUUAGUUGGUGAAAAAAUUAGAUCCUUCAGUGAACAUCCUGUUAAUGGUAAAUUCAGGUAGUACCUGCUCUUGAUCGACAAAACAUACUCCAUGAACUCACUGCCUUCAAUAUUAAAAAAAUUAGUCACAAUAUAUUUACGGGGCUACGGACAUUUUGCAAAGUUGUCUAUGCAACGUCACACCGAGACACGAGCAUCUCCCUUCCCCUCUCGGGAAAUUACACAGUUUAAUCGUUACUUAUCAGUUUGGUUUGCUUUGGGGACAUCAUCUGCUUUUAUAAAGUAGCACGGAAUACGUCUGGUAUAACAUGGCGGACGCCGAGUUUUACGACGUCGGACUGUUCCAGGCCUGGGACUAUGUCGUCCUAGCGGCGAUGCUUAGCGUGUCAGCCGGCAUCGGGGUCUUCUACGCCUUUACCGGCGGCCGGCAGUCAACCACACGUGAGUUUCUGCUCGCGAAUCGUAACAUGAACCCCAUGCCCGUUGCGAUGUCGCUGGUGGCCAGUUUUAUCUCUGCGAUCACCGUACUGGGGACGCCAGCCGAAAUGUACCUGAAUGGACCCAUGUACUGGUUGUACGGAAUAGCCUUCAUAUUCACCGGAUUCCUGACGUCCCUCUUCCUACCAACGUUUUAUCGUUUGGGUGUGACGAGCGCUAAUGAGUACCUCGAGAAACGAUUUAACAAGCCAACAAGAUUACUGGGGACAAUACUGUAUCUUCUGCAAAUGAUUUUAUACCUCGGUAUUGUCAUCUACGCUCCGGCACUUGCCUUAAACCAAGUCAGCGGUCUAGACCUUUGGGGGUCCGUUUUAGCGAUUGGUAUUGUCUGCACAUUCUAUACGACCAUUGGUGGUAUGAAAGCAGUAUUGUGGACUGAUACAUUCCAAGUGACCGUCAUGAUGGCUGGCUUCUUGGCUGUCAUCAUAGCAGGGUCAAUGAACGUUGACGGCUUCAACGAAGCUUGGCGGAUCGCCGGAGAGGGCGGGCGACUUGAUAUUUUGGACUUCAACCCGGACCCGACUGUACGCCAUACUUUCUGGACAGUCGUCGUAGGCGGAACAUUCUUCUGGAGCACUCUCUACGCUGUCAACCAGGCACAGGUCCAGAGAUACCUCACAUGUCGGUCCGAAAAGACUGCUUUACUGUCCCUGUUCAUGGCUAUAAUUGGUAUGAUAAUCGUUGUAUCAGCAGCAUGUAUAUCGGGUAUCGUCAUGUAUGCUAACUUCGCCGUCUGUGACCCGCUAACCAUGGGCUAUGUCUCCAAAUCAGACCAGCUCAUGCCAUAUUUUGUGAUGUACCUGUUCGGCAAGAUGCCCGGGCUACCCGGCCUAUUUACCUCGGCCAUAUUCAGUGCUGCUCUCAGUACCGUGUCCUCUGGGGUUAACUCUCUGGCUGCUGUUGUGGGCGAGGACAUCGUGAAAUCGAUUUGGCCUGACAUGAAAGAAAAGACCUACACAUGGACCACAAAGGGUCUUGCCCUCUUCUUCGGGAUACUAAGCAUCGCGAUGGCAUUUGUUUCUUCGCAACUCGGUAGUGUUCUUGGGGCAGCCUUCAGUGUUUUUGGAAUGAUUGGGGGCCCACUUCUGGGACUUUACACUUCUGGAAUGUUCUUUCCAUGGAUCAACUCUAAGGGGGCGUUCGUUGGCACUCUGCUCGGCUUGACUUGGUCUCUCUGGGUGGGCAUAGGGGCACAGAUCUACCCUCCCUCUUCCGAGAAGCCACCGCUGAGCAUAGCUGGAUGCAACAUUACACUGGAAACCAUGACAACGCUGUCUGACACCAUGAUGACGUCUUCAACCAUGGAGCCACCAAUGGGGAGACCAGCCAUUGCCAGUCUAUAUAGCUUGUCAUACGCCUGGUACAGCGCUGCAGCAAUGCUUAUGACGAUCUUUUGGGCCCUCAUUGGAAGCUUCUUGACGGGUAAUGACUAA